AUGAUGCAUCUCCUUGCCGUUUUUCCUGACAAGUUACUAGAAAGUGGGGCCACUGGUCAGAAAAACUUUCAAGUCACUUGUGAUGAGGCCAGGAAAGCAUUAGAAUCUUUCAAGCCAGAAUUAGAUCAAGUCGGUACCACAAAAGAAAGAAAAAGGAAGAUUAUAAUUCAGGCCUCCAAAGGGGUGUUUGAGACGCGAGGAAAUCCAAUUACCAAUCCAGAUCAAAUCCCAAAACAAUUGACUCGAUCUCUUUUAUCCUUGGGGUGUAAAGUUGCUAACAUUCUCAGCUGCGAGCGCAAACCGGAUGAGCAUGUAGAACAGCAUAUGAAGAGAAAAUGGGAUGUAAUUGCUGGACUGUGGAUGGAAUUUCUAGUCUAUGCUGGAAGACAAUGCACAGGAAGUCAGCAUGCACAACAGCUCAGACAAGGUGAUGAAAAUAUCAUUCUAAUAGAUGUUGUAGAUAGAAUGGAAGAAAGUUUCAAUGUGGCUGUUACGAAUGAAUUCAAGGAGUCCAAUUUAUUGUUUACGGAAAUUAAGGAGAACAAUGAUGGUUGUAUAUAUUUGAAUUCAAAUUAUGGGCAAUCAAAUUCUAUCUUGCCUGAGUACUCUUCUAAUGGUGAUGAUAUUGUUAGAAAUUAA